CAUCUUGUUUGUUGCUGAGGAGGAAGCUGCUGCGGGAGAACCGGCGGAGGAACCGGGAGGAGGAGAACCACCGGGAGGAGGCCGGUUAGUCUGCCGGUAGGACCGCAGGAGGCCGGUAGGAGGCCUGCAGGAGGCCGGUAGGACCCGGCAGCUUGGCGGUCUGAUUCCUCCUUCGUCUCCUGGUGUAGAAGCUCUGAGAAGAUGUUUUAUGCCCACUUUGUUCUCAGUAAACGAGGGCCGCUGGCUAAGAUCUGGUUGGCUGCUCACUGGGACAAGAAGCUCACCAAGGCUCAUGUGUUCGAAUGUAACCUGGAGAGCAGCGUGGAGAGCAUCAUCUCACCUAAGGUGAAGAUGGCUUUGCGGACGUCGGGCCACCUGCUGCUUGGCGUGGUGAGGAUCUACCACAGAAAGGCCAAAUACCUGCUGGCCGACUGCAACGAGGCCUUCAUCAAGAUCAAGAUGGCCUUCAGACCAGGCGUGGUGGAUCUUCCAGAGGAGAACAGAGAAGCUGCCUAUAACGCCAUCACACUUCCUGAGGAGUUCCACGACUUCGACCAACCGCUGCCAGACUUAGAUGACAUUGACGUCGCUCAGCAGUUCAACCUGAACCAGAGCAGAGUGGAGGAGAUCACCAUGAGGGAGGAGGUGGGAAACCUCAACCUGCUGCAGGACAACGACUUCGCUGACUUCGGAAUGGACGAUCGGGAGAUGAUGCGCGAGGAGAGUGCAUUUGAGGUGGACAUCAUGGGGGCGUCAGCCUCCAACCUGCUGCUGGAGGCGGAGGGCGGAGUCAAUCAGAUGACGGACAAGUCCAACCACCUGGAGUACGACGACCAAUACAAGGACGACUUCGGAGACAAUCCCAUGGAGAGCAGCGAGGGAGGCAUGCUGGUGGACAAACUUCUCAGUAACGAGGACGGAGGUGGGAUCUUCGAUGAUCCUCCAGCCGUCGCUGAGAGCGUGAUGAUGCCUCAGGACCACGAAGACGACGACUUUGACGCUUUAUCAGCUGGAGCUCCAGACAGUCCAGACUCCGGUCCAACGGAACCUCUACCAGCCAUGACGGACCAGACGGAGCAAACCGCUCUGGUCCACAAUGAGGAGGAAACCUUCGCUCUGGAACCCAUCGACAUCACAGUGAAGGAGACGAAGGCGAAGCGUAAGAGGAAGCUGAUCGUGGACAGCGUGAAGGAGUUGGACAGUAAAACCAUCAGAGCUCAGCUGUCAGACUACUCUGACAUUGUCACCACGCUGGAUCUGGCUCCGCCCACCAAGAAACUCAUGAUGUGGAAGGAAACCGGGGGAGUCGAGAAGCUCUUCUCACUUCCUGCCCAGCCUCUGUGGAAUUCCAGGCUGCUCAAGAUGUUCACCAGAUGUCUGACUCCUCUGGUACCAGAUGAGCUGAGGAAGAGGAGGAAAGGUGGAGAAGCCGACAGUCUGGAUGAGUUCCUGAAGGAUCUGGAGAACCCAGAGGUUCCACGAGAGGAAACCACAGGACACCAGCAGAGAGACAUCAUAGAUCAGACCAUCAUGGAGGAGGCUAACGUCCUGCAGACAGCCGCUGUAGAAGGCAGCAGGACAUCGCUGGAUGAAGCUGUGAUGCCUCCUCCAUCCUCACAGCGAGGACUGAAGCGUAAAGUCCAGGAGACGGAGCCGGCUCUACCUAUGGGAGCUGUGGACCAGCAGCAGAUCGACUCCUCCGCCGUGGAUCUGCCUCCAGAAGAAACCACCAACAUCAGCCAGCUGAUCGAGCUGGACCUGCUGGCCGACAAGGACAAGAAGAAGAGCGACGAAGACUCCGACGAAGAGGAGGAGGAGGUCCAGGGAGGAGACCAAGACCAGGAGGAGAGGAGAUGGAACAAGAGAACCCAGCAGAUGCUUCACGGCCUGCAGAGGGUGAUGGCCAAAACCGGAGCUCAGUCCGUCAGUCUGCUGGAUCUCUGCAGGAACAACAACCGCAAACAGGCUGCUGCCAAGUUCUACAGCUUCCUGGUUCUGAAGAAGCAGCAGGCAGUGGAGCUGGUUCAGGAGGAACCGUACAGCGACAUCGUAGCGACGCCGGGACCCCGAUUCCACAUCAUCUGAAACACCUGAAACUUCAUGUGAAACAUCUGGAACAUCAUCUGAAACACCUGAAACUUCAUGUGAAACAUCUGGAACAUCAUCUGAAAUACCUGAAACAUCUGGAACAUCAUCUAAAAUAACUAAAAACAUCAUCUGAAACUUCAUGUGGAAAACCUGAAACAUCUGGAAUAUCAUCUAAAGCACCUGAAACAUCUGGAACAUCUGCUCAUCCUGUGUUUCAGCAACUCUGUGUCUAAAUCUAAGUCUUGUUUUUCUCAGUCUGUUCUUUAUUUACGUUUUAUUUUUGUGGCCUUGUGACUUUUGCACUACUUUAAUGUGAAGCAGCUCCAUGAACCUUUUAUUUCUAUUUAUUCUAUUUGGAUUAUUUGUGUGUGUUUUAUGUUUCAGCUGCUGAUCGUCCAGCUUCUGCACUUUAACUGUUUUUAGAGGCUUUGUUGUCCCGGAAAUAGUCAGAAAAAACAUGUACAAGCCAUUUAUUGGUUUAGUUUGAUUUUAUUAAUGACAUUCAAGUAUUUUUGUAUUUUUUUAUUUUCAAUCAUGUCUGUUUUUCUGUGUUAAUAUUUUCUACAUAUUUAUUUUUUCACAUUUUGCUGACAUUUGUGAAUAUUUAUGUAAUAUUUUCAAAUAAUUUAUAUAAGAAUUUACAUUUCAUAAAUAAUUUACUUUUUUUUUUUUUACAUUAUUUUUUCACAUUUUGUUGAUAUUUGUGAAUAUUUGAUUAAUAUUUUUUAAAAUAUUUUAUAAGAAUUAAGGACAUUUCAUAAAUAAUUUUUGACUUUUUUUUUUACAUUGUAUUCAUUUUUGGCACACUGUUAAUAUUUGUUUUAUUUAUAUUUUUGGACAAUUUUUCAACAUAUUUUCCAUGUUUUUUUUCUAUUUUUGGUUACAUUAAUAUUUUCAGACAUUAACAUUUGGGGACAUCUCAGAAAUGUAUUUUUGGUCAUUGUUUUGACAUUUUAUUAUACUUUAUUGAAUGUUUUCCUCCUGAUUUGGGACAUGCACUUUAUGCAGCUUCUUCUUGUGUCCAUUUAAACAGAUAAACAGUAUUUAUUGAUCGUCGGCUGUAGUUCAGCACUUUAACCUUUUUCACAGAUCGAUUCUUGAAUCGAAGCUUCGCUCUGAUUCUAAGCAGAUCAAAAAAUGACUAAAGAAUUAUACAGUUAGUGAACAUAGUAAAAGUAAAAAAUCUGCAGUAAAGUGUGAAAAACUCUAAUAAAUCAUUUAUUGUUGCAGCUGCUGUUAGUGAAACAGUGAAAUAUUGUGAGUUUUGAACACAAACUGAAACAAACUGCAUUUAAUCUGUUGAACAGCUUCAGAAUGAAAACAUGAACGUCUGCAUGCUGCCUGAAAUAUUCUACUGAGAUGCACAAAACACCUGGUUCUGUCUUAAAAGUCUUUUCAUUUUUGUAACCAGAGAAUCAUUCAGAUUUAUUAAGUGUUCGACUGUUCAGCUCCAACAGUGUUUGUGUUGGAAUAUCAGAGUUUUUUAUUUAAAAACUGGUUUGAAUAGAGGAUCAGGUGAAGCAUGUUGGAGAAAAUAAAGUUCAGUUACAAGUUUAGUCCACUCUUUCCUGUAGAAAACACUGAAUGCAUCACUUAAUCCUCAUGUCGUCCUGCAGGUCAAAAUUGACCCGUUUUAAAGUUUGAAAAUGUGGGGGAAAAAAUAAAAAAUUCACACUGAAACUUCUGAUGUCCACAUUCUCAACAUUUUUGCUAAAUCUUAGAACAUUUUUUUGGUGGAAAAAAAGUUUAAAAUGUUUAAGAACAUUCACAAAAACCUCCUGUUGUCUUCAUUUACAGGCACCAAAAAAUAUUGUUUCCUUGUCUGAAAAAAAUCCAAAAAUUCAGCAAAAAAAAUCCACAAAUUUCUGAAAAUUUGCAAAACCUUCAGGAAGAAAAUUCCAAUAAUUCCUUAAAAGUUUCCCUUAAAAGUUUUAUUUGAAAAAAAAUAUAUAUAUAUAUUUGGCAAGAAGAUUCUUGUAAAUAUUUUCAAAAAAUGAGUAAAAAUCUUCCCCAAAAAUCCCAAAAAUAUCUAAAGUGAUUCCAUAUAUAUCAGUAAAACUUCUAAGAUUUUCUUUAAGAACAUUCACAUAAAAAUCAACUAAAAUCCAGCAAAAUUUGCAGGAUUUUGGUUGAUUUUUUUGGGAAUGUUCUUAAGAAACAUUUUUAACGUUUCUUUUUUCUACCAAAAAAAUGUUCAAAGAUUUCCCGAAAAUGUUGAAAAUGUGGACAUCUGAAGUUUCACUGUGAAAAUAUUUUUUUUUUCCACAUUUUCAAACUUUAAAAUGGGUCAAUUUUGACCCGCAGGACGACACGAGGGUUAAACAUCCAGAUAAAAACUGAGUUCAGCUUCUAGUUAAACCUUCCGUCUGAUUUUGUAUUAAAAAAAAGAAUUUCCUCAUAAUAUUGUCUCUGAAUAAUUUCUGUCUGCUGCCUGUAAAUCCAGAGUUUUUAUAAAUAAAAGCAGUAAAAGUG